AUGUUGACUUAUCUGUGGUUGUUGAUAUUUUCGAUUGUUCUUAUCAGUGCAAUCGAAUCAAAUGAUUUAUUGUCUAUUUCAUCAAUCACUCCAAGUAGCCGAAUUGAACGAGGAGCUGUGGUCAAAUCGCGAAAAGUGACAACUCGAAGGAAGGACGAUGAUCGACGAAAGACAACGGAAAAACGAGCACAGACAACGACAACCACAAGAGCACCAAACACGGAUGAAGAAAGAAAA